AUGAAGCCUCCAGCUGUGGAACCUAGAAGAACUAAAAGAAAAGUGUCAUCUCUCAGCAUGGCAGCCACAAAGAUCAUUACCCCAGCACAAGCUACUUCUUUCAUUCCCCAUCAGCCUCCUCAAGUUAUCCAUCCUCAUGACAAAUCUUUCAGGCACAUUUUCAUCCCAGACCUUCGUUCCUCCCACUCCUCUGUCACUGAAACCCUGCCAACACAUUCUCAACUCCUCCAAACCUCCUCCUUGAAUCAAGGUUUGAAGAGAAAACGCACAAGCAGCUUGCCUCAUUCUCACAGCAUGCCUGCAAAAAACAAGAACAUUGAGAAGUUUACACCUGAUAUCAGUGAUGAAAAUGAGGAGACCUACAGAUUCCACUGCUCCGGUCCAGGCCUGUACCAGUGCAGUGUGACAGGUCUGGUGUUUCACAUGGAGGGAGAAGGGGACGUGGUUUACAGGACUGUACCCUGGAACCACAGGCUACUGGCCCAAUAUCACAAGAAGCCUGCAGGACCCCUGUUUGACAUCAAAUGUCUCCAGCAGUCUGUGUGUCAGCUUCAUCUCCCACACUGUGAGAUCCGCUCCACAGGUGGAUGUGAAUUCCUAUCAGUUGCUCAUGUGAAUGAUGAGGGCAUCGAGUUUAUUACUCCUCGUAAGAUUACAGAAACUAAUGUCAUUAUAAACAUCACAGAGCUUUCUGCUUUCGGUAAUGUCAAGGAUGAAGACUCUCCUCCUGACCCGGUCCGAGCGCUGGUGCUGCUGUUCUACAGACCACCAACUGAUCCUGAUCCUGAAUCUGUCCUCAAUGUGUUGUUGCUACCAGAGACCGUUGUGCUGCGUGAUGUGCUGCGCACUAGAAAAGAGAGAGACAGAGAUGAGAGGUUCAUUGAGAUAUCCCCACACUGUAAACUGAUCCCAAAGCAGGAGUACACACUGUCCACUAGUCCUGAAGACGACUCAGUUCUAGUUCAACCACCAGAAUCAGAAUUUGAUAAGGAGUCCUACAACAACUACCUAUCAUCAUUCCAGGUGAAUUUAGAAAAAAUCAUGAAAAGUAUCAAGCUGUUUUUGAGAGAAACCAACAGCUCCCACAGUGUCUGGGAAAGACGAGUUUGUCUUCCGUCCACUGCAGUAAGAAAGCAGAGAAGACAGAGUUCUCGGAUCUCUUCCAUCGCGAGGCUACGGACCGGCUUCAUCGAUGGGAUAUCAGGACCUGUUCUCCAAAGUCUGCUGGACAAGCUGUUUGAGAAAAAUGUGAUAACUGAACCUGAGAGGGAGUCAGCAGAAGAGAUGCAAAACAAAAGAGAUAAGGCUCGUUGUGUCAUCGACACGGUGAGGAAGAAAGGUAAAGCUGCAAGUUCAGAGAUGAUUGAGUGUCUCUGUAAGAUCGACCCCUUCCUCUGUAAACAUCUUGUGUUGAUCUGA